GUGGUUUUCGAUGUUUGGGGGUGGGGGAACUGCGACGGACAUGGCAGAUCUUGCCGGUCCACAUCGACUGUUCGUCUCUCUGGACGCUACUGCUAGUUCGCAGAAGAGGCCCUUGCUGGAAAUUUUUUAAGAAAUGUUAGAAUUUGAGGUCGGUAGGUUAUCGCGCCUACGGCUCAAUCCCAGUUUUGAAGUAGGAAUUGGGCGUUUGUUUAGUACGCAGUGUUAUGUUUUUCUUCAAUACCAAGUCCAAUAAACCGAAAACUGGUUCUGUAUAGCCAGAUGGCUGUGGACAGAGAUAUCUUUGGUAUCGCAGGUCCAACAUAUCUGAUUCCUGUUAAUUGGAACUGUGAGCAUAAUCGGAGAUCUGUGGCUGCAUGCUUAGUUCAGGCUGUAUAUGUUUUGGAGAGAGACCGGCAACUAAAUCGUCAAUCUGUUGAAGCCUUGGCAUCUCCUUGGUGGGAAUUCUUCCAUUUUGAGUUGAUCCGCAAGCUUGUCGAUGAUGCUGACUUGUCUAUUUUUGGUGCAAUAUUUGAAUUCAAUCCUCCUUCAAGUAAAGAAUCUUCUGCUGAUAAUGCACCAAGAUUUGUUAUUGCCUUCAGAGGCACUAUAACUGAGAAGGAAACCAUCUCAAGAGAUGUUGCCCUUGACCUACACCUUGUUCAAAAUGGUCUCCAUCGGACCUCAAGAUUUACAAUUGCAAUGCAAGCUGUUCAAAACGUAGCCUCAGUUUUCCCUGGCUCAAUGAUCUGGUUGACUGGGCAUUCACUGGGUGCAGGUAUGGCCAUCCUUACUGGAAGAAACAUGGUUAAAAAAGGUGUGCUAUUAGAAAGCUAUCUCUUUAAUCCACCUUUUGUUGCUGCCCCAAUCGAGAGGAUCAGUGAUGAGAGAGUAAAGCAUGGUUUCCGAAUUGCAAGAAGUGUAAUUACUGCUGGAUUGGCUAUUGCAAUGAAAGGAAAAGGCGAGGGGAGCAACGAAAGGUCUGUUGCAGAAGAUUCUUUCAACAUGUUGUCAGCAUGGACGCCAUAUCUGUUUGUCAAUCCAGGAGACCAUAUCUGUUCAGAGUACAUCGGCUACUUCCAGCAUCGGAAGAACAUGGAGGAUCUUGGUGCUGGAUUUAUUGAGAAGCUCGCCACCCAAAAUUCUAUAGGAGAUCUAUUUUACAAGGCAUUAGGGUGGGAAUCGGAACCACUGCACCUUCUUCCAUCUGCAGACUUGAUUGUCAACAUAAGCCCUUCACCAGACUUCAAAUAUGCUCAUGGCAUCAGCCAGUGGUGGCAGCCUGAGAUGAACUUGCAAUGCAACAAAUAUCGAUACUCGUAGGUGCAUGACAUUGGAAAAGAUAUCUUUGGAGAUCCUUCAUAACUCUUCAUUCGUUCAUUAUGGUUUAUUCAAUUACUAUUGUAUCUGUAAAAAUACUGUGAUAGUUUUUUUUUUUUUUUUGGUAAUAGAUGUUUCUGACCUACUGAUUCUGUGGACAACUUGGAAAAAUAUCUGCUGAUGUUGUGGCUCAUGGAUAGACAUUUUUCAACUUGAUUUGGAUCGUACUAACUGUUCUGAAUAUACUUUGUCAUUUA